AUGACACUUCAGAAUGUGAAGAUGGGUCUCAUGCCAACUGGAGAUCAGAAGUUUCGAAGAGAUGUGUCGCGCAGCCUGGAAGUUCCUAUCCACUUAGAUGAUGAGGAGGUGAGUCUGGCCAAAUCCGCCCCAAAGAAUUUGUACGAAUUGUUUGGAACUUCUGCGACGGCAGAUGAAAAGGAUAUCAAGAAGAAGUACUACGAUUUGCAAAAGCUUUGCCAUCCUGACGUAGCUGGACCGGAGGGUGAGGAGAUGUGCAUUCUUCUGAACGAUGCCUGGGAGUUGCUUUCGGAUCCUGAGAAGAGGAAGGACUAUGAUGCGCAGAUCGAGUUGGCCAAACCUGCCGCUUUGAUGAAGGUUGCCCCAGAGGUCUCCACGGAUCUGGCCCCCACUUGGAAGGGUGCGCGCAAGACUUUGAAACACCACUCAGACUACACUGGGAUCCCACUGUCUCGCAGCAAAUGGACGCAAGUACCCCCUGAAGAUCGUGGGGAGAAGCAUGCGCAAGAGAAGAUGGUCUUUGUGGAUGAGUGGGCCUGCAUUUGCUGCCGAAACUGCUGCGAUGUGGCACCUCAAACCUUCUGCAUUCAGAACGACAACGGACGUGCGAAUGUCUACACGCAGUGGGGAAACUCUGAGGAGUACCUCGAUUACGCCGUUGCUUCAUGCCCUGUGGACUGCAUCUACUGGGUCAGUCGGGAGGAACUGCAGGUCUUGGAGUAUGUCACUGCGGAAAAGAUGGUGGAAGAGAAGGGACAGUUGCCUUGCCCUCUGUCCUUCAUGCAGGGAAUGUUGAACGAACCUCCCAAUGAUCCUUUUGCCGAAGCGAAUCGCUUUAAAGCCAAGAGAGAGGAGGAUGAAAGGAGAAAGCAAUUAGCCUCAAAGGAUGAUGCCACUGCCAAGAUGGAGGUUUGGUUCCAAAGGAUCCUAAAAGUCUUUGAGAAUCUCUCCGAGAAGCUACGCAGAAGCGUCAUGCCCUACAUUCAGAAGUGA